UCAUCCAGCAUCACAUGCCGCUGUACCUGCUCUCCUCCAACAUGGACCAGUGUUUGGCCCUGACGUCAGCCGUUACCGCCCUGCCUGCAGUAUCAUCGCUGCCUACAGAUGAGGAUGGAGACGGGAGAAGCGGCCUCGCCAUGAAUCCCAUCCGGAGGUGGAUUUAAGGCGCACGGACGGAGAGUGAGACCAAGCACUGGGGGAAGAAGAAGAAAAAAAAAAAAAAAACUUUCGCACCUGGGGGGGGGGAUUACCGAAACGUGCACCUUUCUCUUCUGGCACACGAAGAGAUGCUCCGCGGCGGCAAAACGCGAGGGAGCGGCGGGCUGUGCCGCUCCGGUCGGGCUGUUCCUCAUCACUUUGGCAGAGCUCCUGCGAGCACUGUGGGCGCGAUCUAGCGAAGACAUCCACUUGAUGGGGGGGGGGGGGGGGGGUAAAUAUCACCAAGCGGUGCGUUUUCAACAUCAUCGUGGAUCCGAUGACCAGAGAAGGUGAAGAAAUGUAUUUUAAAAGGGUGGAGCUGCGGUUUCUUUAAUAAAUGAUGAGGAAUUCCUCUCACUCUCAGCCCAAUUGUGAAUGGUUGAUUUGAUUGUGUAUGCCCGACAGACACUGAUACUCGAGCACAGCGCCUUGUUUUUGUGUCUGAACAAUGACACAGGUGAUGUUAUGUCACCGGACCGACCGCUCGAGAGGAUGAUGGCUGCUGGCUGUUGCGGGACGACCCCGUGCGUUCAUGUAAAGCGCCCUGACAGCGGCUCUCCAUGGAGGCUGUUUACGCAAUCCGACGCAGUGUUGCAAGUGGGCUGAUUUGAUGCUACUCGACCGUCUCCAUGUGAUAGCCUAUGAUCCCCCACACAACUGCCAGGCCUUUUGCGUUUCUGUGAAAUAUGCUCGGGCCUUGUGUGAAACAUAAAGUGAAGGAGCUGUCACUUGUGCACGAAGGAUGAGGCGAUGCUCUGAAAACAGGGGGCCCUUUCUGGAAUUAAUUAAGGCGUAAAAAGCGGGAAAGAAAAGCCAUCAAGACCGAUCAUGUCGAAAGUUGUCAGUAACAAGGAGAAGAAAUCCUUCAGUAAAAAACUCUUCCGGAGAAGCUCGGUGCGCUCCGUUGGGAGCUUUAUGAACAGAGUUCUGCGGACUCUGUCGACUCUGUCUCAUUUCAGCACCGACGAGCAGGCCGCCGAGGACGAGAAGGACGACGCGAGUUCGAUCCCCACCACCACCGGAGGGUCUCUCCCGUCCGACGACAGCGACUGCGGGGGUUUCCCCUUCGGAGACAAGGUGCCGGGUGUCGCCGGACUCAAGAACCACGGCAACACCUGCUUCAUGAACGCUAUCUUGCAGUGCCUGAGCAACACGGAGCUGUUCGCCGAGUAUCUGGCUCUGGAGCAGUUUAAAGGCGGAGAGACGACCAGCAGCAGCAGCGACAAGGCCAAGUCCAACGGGGUGCUGGUGCAGAAGAAGGGGAGCCAGCAGCAGCAGCAGGAUGCAGGGGAGGUGACUGAGCAGCUGUCCGGUCUGGUUCGGGCUCUGUGGACCUUCGAGUACACACCUCAGCACAGCAGAGACUUCAAGAAUGUGGUGUCCAAGAGCGCCCUGCAGUUCAAGGGUAACUCCCAACACGACGCGCAGGAGUUCCUCCUCUGGCUGCUGGAUCGAGUUCACGAAGACCUCAACCAUAUCAUCCACCCGGACAUCGGACCGCCCAGGAAGCCUCCAGUAGAAGAGGAAAACCCCCCUGAAGGAUCUCCACUACCAGCGCCUGGUUCUUUUGUACAGGAGUUGUUUCAGGCACAAUACAGGUCCUCCUUGACUUGCCCUCACUGCCAGAAACAGAGCAACACCUUUGAUCCUUUCCUCUGCAUCUCACUGCCAAUCCCGGUACCUCACACACGGCCCCUGUACGUGACGGUGGUGUACCAAGGAAAGUGCUCCCACUGCAUGAGAGUCGGGGUGGCGGUGCCUCUUUCUGGCACCGUGUCCAGGCUGAGACAAGCUGUGGCCCAAGAGACCAAAAUCCCUGCCCAACAGAUCGUCCUCACCGAAAUGUACUUUGACGGCUUCCACCGCUCCUUCUGUGACGACGACGACGACCUUGAGGUCAUUCAGGAGAGCGACUCCAUAUUUGCCUUCGAGACACCUGAGCUAUUCAGACCGGAGCAGAUCCGCUCCAAGCGAGGCGGGAGCCCACAUGCAAAUCUCAACCAGAACAACAUAAAGUAUGGCACAGAUAAUAAUAGGAUAUCCACACAAAUACAAGAGCCGACGACCCCGCCUCAGAGUCCCAAUAAGAACAGUGGGCAGGCUGAGAAGAUUGUCCUGCUGGUGUGUAACAGAGCCUGCGCUGGACAACAAGGACGCAGGUUUGGUAAUCCAUUUAUUCUGUAUUUGGAGCGCACAGUGACAUGGGAUGUACUCCAGAAAGAGAUCUUGGAGAAGAUGCGGCAUCUUUUGCGCCCUGGAGUCUUUGUGCAGGUAGGGCCCUUCACUUUGCGUGUGGUCGGAGUGGUUGGAAUCACAUAUCUCUUGCCUCAGGAGGAGCAGCCGCUCUGCCAUCCCUCUGUGGAGAGGGCAUACAAGUCUUGCGGUCCUGGAGGGCCACCUCAUGUCAAGAUUGUUGUGGAAUGGGACAAGGAGACGAAAGACUAUCUGUUCAAAAGGACCGAGGAUGAAUACAUCCCAGAUGCUGAAAGCGUGCGUCAAGUAAAGGAGCAACACCUGCAGCCUCAGACCUGCUCACUCGCCCAGUGCUUUCAACUCUACACCAAAGAGGAGCAGCUCGCUCCUGAUGAUGCAUGGCGAUGCCCGCACUGCAAGCAGCUUCAGCAGGGAAGCAUCAAGCUCAGUCUGUGGACCCUGCCAGACAUCCUCAUACUUCACCUGAAGCGCUUCAGACAGGAUGGGGAUCGAAGAAUGAAGAUGCAGAACAUGGUGAAGUUCCCGCUCACGGGCAUGGACAUGGCUCCUCAUAUGGUGAAGAGGAGCCAGAGCAGCUGGAGUCUCCCCUCCCACUGGUCACCCUGGAGACGGCCUUAUGGGAUGGGCCGUGACCCGGAGGACUAUCUUUAUGACCUGUACGCCGUGUGUAAUCAUCAUGGGACCAUGCAGGGAGGACACUACACAGCUCACUGUAAGAACUCCAUAGAUGGACAGUGGUAUUGCUUUGAUGACAGCGAUGUUCAGCCCAUAGCUGAAGAUGAGGUCUGCAAGCAGACGGGCUACAUCUUGUUUUAUCAAAGACGUGCAACAAUUCCAUCCUGGUCUGCCAACAGUUCUGUGGGAGGAUCCACCAGUUCCUCUUUGUGUGAGCACUGGAUCAGUCGGCUGAUGGGCAGCCGUCCACCGAGCCAAGCCUCCUCUGGGUCCUCCAGACGCACCUCACUGGCCUCCCUCUCGGAGUCCGCCGAGUUUGCUGGUGAACGGAGCGAAGAUGACGGCUUAUCGAGCCGGCCCUCAGUAAGAGGUAUGCAAAGACAAACAUUCUCCUCCAGAUCUUCCAUUGCCAGCCCACUGGUGCUAAGUGAAAAUUGCACUAAACCAUCCUGGUCCCACUCUGCUAAGCUCCAACUCCGUUCCAACUCUCCCUCGCGCUUCUCCCUGGAGCCUCACUCCUCCCCGACGCUGGAGAGGAUAGGAGAGGUGGCUGAUACCGCCUCCUGCUUCUCUGGGUCACCUAAACCAGACAGAGCGUCAGGAAGCAAGUCGGCCCUCGCAGCUUUGGAUGGUAAUUCAGACAGUAGGAGGCUGAUAGAGCAGGUUCACUCCAAGGCUGUGGCGCAGUCCGAGCAGAAGAGCUCCACCCAGGCUGGGGACAACAACAAUGUAGUCACGUCUGCUGAGCAGGUCAGUCCUCGACACAGCGCCGCUGCAAAGGACCUGAAACCGAGAAAUGGAGCUGCAGAUAGCGCCGGUGUUAAAAGGACCUCAGCAAGUCCCAAGAAGCGUCCUGCCACCUCCUCAACGUCAUCCAGCUCUCUGUCUCCUGCAUCCCCGGCCAUUGACAAGUUGCCGUCUCGAACACAGACCAAGAGUGCAGCAUCAGCAGCAACCCCCAAGGACAAAAGUGAUGGACCGCCUAAAACUAGCAAGGCCGGUUCCUCGAGAACAGCGACCCCCUCCAAGAAAGGGUCAUCCCAAACCCCGGAGGUAUUACACCCGGACUCUGCCCAACAGAGGAAGAAUGGUUCUCCAGGAUUACAAAGCUCACACCCUCAGAGGAGGACAUCACCCAGAGGGGGAGGCGAGAAAAGCUCAGCCUCAGGACGGACUAAAGCAGCAGACAGGAGCACGAGUCGUGAAUCAUCACGGACUAACGCAGAAAAUAAGGUUAACCAAGGAGGGCCUCCCUCUAGGUCGAGUGCUGCUAUUAGAGCGGAGGGCAGGCCGGGCCGUGCUGUGGAGAACAGGCCACCGGGUCGCAGCUCGAGCAGUAGCUCCUCCAUUACUAGUCUCAGAUCCUCGAGUGUCGGUGUUACCUCUGCAGCCCCGCCAUCAAGGGGGCCUCCAAGGAACAUUAAGACAGAGGACAAAGGUUUAUCCUUCUUUAAAACUGCCUUGAGGCCCAAAGAGACCCGUAAGUCAGCUGAUGGUGGGAAAGCAGGGGUGGUAGAGGCUAAAGCGAGUCCAGAGGAUGGAGGUGGGGACGCAGCUCGAGAGGGAAUCCCACACGGGGCGAGCAAGAAAGCCCAAAAUGUGGCUUCAGAGGCCCAGAGUCAUGUGACCACAGCCAAAGACAAGGAAUCCUCUAAGGCGUCCGCUGCAGCUAAGCAUUCACUGCUGCCCUCCACAAAGUCCAAGCUCUCGGGAGCAGAAACAACCACCCAGUCCUCCGCCAAUGCAAAAGACCCUUUGAAGAAAGAGCCUGCUAAAAAGACAAUGCCGUCCAGGAAGAUCCCCAUUACACAAACUAGCCAGAGGGCCAAGUGACAUUAUUUUAAAGGCCUGAUAACAAUCUCUCUCGUGCAGCUCUGAGGUGUUUUAACCAUCAAAAGUCGACCCCAGCGUCUGACAAACAUCUUUAAAGCACCUGUAGCUUUUCAGUGGUUACUGAAUACCAGCUGCCAUACCGGACUCUUACCGUCCACAUUGUUAAAUAGUUAUUUAGGAAUGGAUUUUAACAAAGCACUUUGUAUGGAUUGCAUUGAUUUUGAGGAAUAUAUACUGUAUUGUAAAUAAGCAUGGACUGCACAUGUAUUGAAAUUAUUGCCUUGUUCUGUCUGUAGCAUAGUCGGAAGAAGUACAUCUCAGUAGGAGGUGAAAAUAAAAGUGACUUUGCACAAUAUGGAAAGCGCAUAUGAUGAUGGAAAGCAACUUUUGAGAUACAUCAAACACGGACAACUCAGUCACCAAAGGAAGUUUACUGGCAAUUUUUAACAUGCUGAUGCAGUGAAUCAUUUCCAAAAAUCUUUAUGUACAGCUCUCUUCGUCAGUAUCGAGAGCCACAUGUCAACAAACAUCAGUGCCUCAGAUAAUCAAAGUAUGUAAUCUGAAUUGUAUAACUGCAGGUGUUGGUAAAUUUAUAAUUAAAUUUUAAUAUUUAUUAAGCACUAAAAAUGUAAUUUCAAGUCAAACACAAUUUAGCCUAUUUAACCUGAACUGCUGUUUACAUAUGCUCCUUGAUGUAGUUUGAUGCAGCCUUUUAAGAAGUGUUUUUGCGCAGCCAGAAUCAAAACUGUCGCUGAGAGGCCCGAGGGGGGAAAAGUGCAGGAAUGAAGCAUGUGUUGUUAAAUGUCUGGAGACGUUGGUUCGUAAAAGUUCUUAAAUGUUUGUGUUUUAUUUACCAGUAAAUGACCUGUUACCCCCUCAGACAACCUCCCGCCCGUCACCACCUCUGCCCUCCAGCUGCUGAUGCCAACACUUAAACUGCAGCGCCCAUGUUCCUCAUGGGGGAUCAGCCUCUUCAGACUGCCAGACAUCUCCAAACAUUCCUCUCAGAUGAACACAGGGUUAAUGUAAAAACAAAAACAAAAAAGCCACUAUACGCGCACAUAUUCAAAGACAGCUGGGAUGCCUUGGCUGAAAACACCAUACAUGUACAUAGAGCAUUAUGGGAUGUUUGAGUCAGCCCGUCUUCUGUCGUCACAUGUGACAUCACAGCUUGUGCACAUCUUUAGCUUGCAUCGCAGAGUAACACUGAACGCACUGACAUAGACUGAGAAUAAGAGAUCACCACUCAUGAAGUAUAUGACAGUUUGUUGCAUGAUAAAUUGCUUAUGCAUGCACUUAACUAUGCAAGCAGAUUCUUGCUAAUGCCCACACUGAGUAUGUAGAAGUGCUACUCUUGGAUGUGUAUAUAUUUCUAACUGUAUAUUUUUCCAAAUGCCAGCAUCCGAGAGCAUGUUAAGGCAUCCUUUAUUAAAGCUUUGUUUGCACAUUUCUUCAAAGUAAUAUACAUUUUGUAUGAAUGAUAAGUAUUGCUCAUUCACCCUCUCAAAGUAAAUCAACUCACUUGCAAAUGAAUGAUUUCUGUAUUGUGUUCAUUUGUCUCACGUUCUUCCUCACGAUGUCCAACCUUUAGCGACUUUUCUAAUAGAGGCUGCAGUUUACAGGUUGUGGUUGUAACUUUCAUUUAUCAUCUGUAAUAAUUUGAGAUGUAAGACAGACAGUUUUAUAGAAGAACUAACUACGGGCUUGUCGUCUUCUAAAUCUAAACAUUUUGACAGGUUAUGCCGGGACUAUCAGGACAAGAUGCUGAACUAACCUCGGCUGUCUUCUGCUUUUGUCUGAACACCUGAGAAGUAAAAAUGUGCAAUAUAUUCUCCAAUAUUUUAUAUUGUUUUUAAUUCAAUUCUUGUGUGAUCAAACCUCAAGCCUGUCUUAAAAGAAACUACAGCAAAAGACAGAUAAGCUGUACAUGUUUCACUGUGAAAGAUUGCACUUGAAGGCAUCAUUAAGUGGUUAUGUAACAGGAUUAAUCCACACAAAUACACAUUUAAUAAUACCAGUUGUAAUUACAUACAUCUGAAUUAUAGAUUUACUCAACGUCACAGUGAAGGAGGAGUGUUCAUGAGUAAUCCACAAACUACUUUACUAUCUGGCACAUGGUGCAGAAUAAAAUGAAGUUUUAUCUUUA